AUGUCCUCUGGAUCACCACCAGAGCCCCCCAGCACAUCUGCGACCUCGACUCCGGAACUCGACCUGCCCAAGUUACAGUCUCUCCCGAUUGAGCAGCAGGACCUCUUCCUUCUGACCUUUGUGUCUACCUUGUCCAAACAUGUCCUCUCCCUCUCUGCAGAUGACUGCACCGCCCAGCAGUUCUACUUGAAACGCGAGAUCUUCCAGAUCAUCAACCUUCCCACACCUGCACCCUCGCGAGUGGUGCGGAACAGCCUGGGCCGGUGCGUUGCGCAUAUCUUCGGCAAUGGCGACCGCAAGCUUCUGCUUGAGACGAUAAAUGACCUCGUGGCGAUCAUAACAGCCGGCAAGUCCAAGGCUGAGGGCGAGUCUCGUGCCAGACAUGCUGCUGUCGUGUGCCUGGGCGAUGUUUUCGGCGCUGCGGGUGACAGCGCUAUCAGCUACCAUCAGCUAGCCUGCACGGUGCUGGUGAAACUUCUCAAGAGCUCGUCAAAUCACGCCGGCCUGCGCGCCGCGUGCUUCACGGCCCUAGGCAAGAUCGUGCGGAUGGUGGGGCAGAUGCUGGACGACAGCAUUGCCAGGGACAUCUGGAAGCAGGGCCGGAGCCAUGCCUCUAGCGACAAAGGCGCCUUGGUGGUCGUCGCGGCGUGUCGGUGCUUGAGGUCGCUUUUGAGGCACACAAAUUACUUCAAGAACUCGAGCGACUUCGACAAGAUCCAGACGGCUACAUUCAAGGCAUUUGAGUACGGCUCCUCCCAGGCCCGCCGUGCAGCUGCCGAGUGCCUGGCCGAGGCGCUUGUCAGGGGGUACUCGGAGGCCGCGAUGGGAGACAGCAUCUCGAGUCCUACAGGUGGCAAGAAGCCAAAGUUAAAAACCCCCAAAACGCCAAUGCGCCAGUCGAUGCCGCCGGGUGUGCUGGGCGACGACGACGACAUACCAUCGCGACCUGAGAGCCCGGCUUUCAUGAAGAGAACGCUGGACCUUUCCCUGUCUUUCGCAGACAUCCUAAGGGUGCUCUCCUAUCAGUAUGGCAAGCUAGGAACGUCCAACAAGGCCAGAUCUGCCAUUGGUAUCUGCUAUUCGACACUUCUGCAACGUCUUGGGGAGAAGACUGUCGAGACAAAUUACAUGAAGAUUGUGGAGAACCUGACUCUCGAGCUGCUGGGGAACCCAAACAUCACAAACAAUCGUUACCGCCUCCUGAUAUCCCGUCGCAUCGUCGACACGUUGCUUCAGGACGUCAUCGGCAAGAAGAUCCUUGGUGAGACGGGGCAGUCUCAUGCGGCCAAAGUUCUGAUCAAUGACGUUCUGAAGAACUACCCUCAAGCGCUCAAGGAACGACCCGAACCAACCAAGAACAUGCUGAUCGCCGCCAUGGGAGCACUAGGCUCUCUAAUGGGCUCUCUUGGAUCUGCCUCCAAUGCAUUCGCGGAGGCAGCAAGGGAAGGACUGUUGCAAGUCCUCCAGCAUCCCAGUUAUACUGUCCAAGUGUACACAUCGGCAUGCCUCAAGACUUUCGUGCUCAAUUGUCCUCAGCAGCUCCUGUCCUGCCUGUCCGUAUGCAUGAACAGCCUGAGUAGGGAGCUGAGCGUGCUCGGGACGGGUCGUAAUUCUACCCGAAAGUGCGUCGGCUUUGCUCAUGGCUUAGCUGCCACGCUGAGUGCAAGUCCAUCACGACCCUUGUACGGCUCUGUCGACAUUAACAGCCGGGUCCUUACAAUGGCGACAAAUCUGCUGAAGUCGAGUGGGAAGCUGGAACUCCGCGUGGCCAGCACACAGAUCCAGGUCGCGUGGACCCUGAUCGGAGGUCUCAUGUCACUUGGCCCGAACUUCGUCAAGAUCCAUCUCUCUCAGCUCUUGCUGCUUUGGAAGAAUGCCCUGCCAAAGCCUCUUGCCAAAGACAAUACCGCGGCUAGGAAUUACCUGGAAGCGUCGUUCCUGGCGCAUGUUCGAGACUGCGCGCUCGGGUCUAUCCUGGCCUUUCUCGAGUUCAACAGUCGUCUACUGACUGUUGAUGUGUCGAAAAGAAUUGCGACCAUGCUUCAAAGCACAACUGCUUUCUUGAAGACUCUGCCCAAGAAGAAGACAUCGGAUGACAUCGCUGAGCGACUCGCUCCGGCACUCCAGCUGCAGGACAUCGAGAUGAUGGUACAGCGCCGUGUGAUGCAAUGCUACAUCAAGCUGGUGAACACGAGUCCAGCUGGCGGCAGUGAGGCGCUACUCCAGUCAAACUUGCUGACCCUGGCGAUCUCUCUCUUCGCCGAUCCCGACAAUUACUCGCCAAGCUCUUUGAGUGCAGCUAUCGCGAACUCGGCCGGUACUUUCGACACAAUCUGGGAUGUUGACGACAAUUCAGGAUUUGGGGUCACCGGGAUUGUGUCGGGCUUUAAGAUCAAGGAAUUGCCCGGGCAGCAUGAGAGCUCCAUCGAGCCGUCCUUGACUCAGGAUAACAGCCCCGAGGACACGAUGGAGAAUUUUAUGUUGUCUCCUGUCUGUGCAGCCCUGGAACACGAUGCCUCGACACUCUACAUUGGCGGCCGAGAUGCGUUCAGCUGCUCAUCUGAUCCACCUGCAACCGAGGUUGUCAAUAUGGCUAUACAACUGUUCGCAUUUGCCUUCCCGCUCACCCCAAACAAGGUGCAAGAGAGUAUUCUGGAGCAAAUCGCUACAUUUAUGGCAGCCGGCACCCUCGAGCGUGACAAUGCGCGGAAAGCUGCCAUCACUGUCAACGUCGCUGCUGCUUUUCUAUCUACUCUGAAGGUUGCCGUCAAGGAGACGCAGUCGCCUUCCGGCGACAUCACCAACAUGCAAGUCGAGAAGCUGUUCCAGGACAUGAUCAGGGGUUUUGUACUGGACACGGAUCAGUACGUCCGUAGCCUGGGAUACGCAGCUAUCGCUCGCAUGUGCAACGCUUGUGGCAAUGCCUUCACGAAUUCCGAAAUCAAAUUCCUUGUCGACACCAUUGUCGUUAACAGGGAGCCGAGUGCAAGAGCAGGAUGCGCUAUGGCAUUGGGAUGCAUUCAGGCAAAGGUUGGCGGCAUGGCGGCCGGAUAUCAUCUCAAGACCAUUCUCGGCAUCCUCAUGUCUCUUUGCAACGACCCGCACCCGACCGUGCAUUUCUGGGCAUUGGAGGCGCUGGCGUGCGCUGCUGACGCAGCAGGUCUAGGGUUUUCUCAGUACGUCUCAGGCACACUGGGAAUGCUUGCUCAGCUCUACACGUCUGAUAUUCACAACUCGGAGAUCGCCUCUGCUGUCUCUAUGAAUCUGGAGCUGGAGCUCUCCACCACCGCCAGCGUAGCGCGGUGUGUAGACUCACUAAUCAACGUCCUCGGGCCGGAUCUACAAGACAUUGCGAAGUCUAGGGAGUUGAUUUUCACUCUUGUCGGAUACUUCCAGUCAGAAGAUGACAUGCACGUACAAAAGGCCAGCCUAGACUGUCUCGAACAUCUAUCGCUAUACGCGCCAGGACACAUGCACUUCGCCGAUUACGUUAAGCUGCUGCAGAAGUAUCUCAGGUCGGACCAUCCAACACUUCGGGAUGUGGCUAUCGAUGGCUUGUACAACAUCAUGAAGAGGAAUUCCUACGAUGUCAUCGAAGCUGCUGAUCCAGGUUUCGAAGAAGACUUGUGGCUCGCACUCGACAGGAAUCCGGAGCACGACGGAAUCCGCAACAUCAUACAGAACUGGAUGCGUCAGACGUGCCUGACGGACACUGCCGACUGGCUACAGAGGUUCCAAGCGGUCCUUAAGAUGACGAGGCCCAAGGCAGUCGCUGAUGUUGACACUGGACCAAAGAAGACUACUGCUGUGGUGGAUCUUCAGGAUGAAGAGGUCGCUGGUUUCGCAGCCGCUGGAGGAGUUGCCAAGGACGAGAAGGAAGGCGGAUCGGGCUCUGAUGUUGAGCCUCUCCGGUGGCAGGUCAUUGCAUUCGCCAUGAGUCUCUUGUACGAGAUUUUCACUCUUAUCAACAAAGAUGUCAUGUCAAAUGGCGAAUCGCCAGCUCGACUCGCGCUUCAGACCAGGAUCGCAGACGUCGUACGCAUGGCCUUCUCUGCUUCGACUUCCGGUGUUUUGGAACAGAGGAUAUGGGGACUAAAGAUUAUCGGUGCCGUUCUGAAGAUGUUCGGCAAGACUCCUGAUCCGGAUUUCGACGAGGCCAUGCUGCUCGAGCAGUACCAGGCUCAGAUAAGCUCGGCUCUCACACCUGCCUUCGCUGCCGAUUCCUCGCCUGAACUGGCUUCAGAGGCUGUCAAUGUGUGCGCCGCGUUCAUCGCCACAGGUAUUGUCACAGACGUCGACCGUAUGGGCAGGAUUCUCAAGACACUCGUGACAGCUCUGGAGAACUUCUCAACACAGAAUGACAACGCAGGCAUUGGCGAUCUAAAGGGCCUGAGCUCCAAUGCACAGGUCAUGGUCAAGAUGGCAGUCUUUUCGGCCUGGGCCGAAUUGCAGGUCGCGAGCACUGAACAAGCCUAUCUGCUGGACGUCCUGAAGCCAUACAUUGGCAAGCUCACGCCACUCUGGCUCGAGUCUCUUAGGGAUUUCGCGCAAUUGAGAUUUGAGCCAGACAUUACCAUGACGCUGGGGCCACCAUCACUGUCCGGCAGUCUGGACACUAUCUACGCGGCGCUCAAUCGCGAGACGCUCCUCAAAUUCUACCAGGAUUCAUGGCUCAAACUCGUCGAUGCCAUUGCUAGCUUGAUCGGACAAGACAGCGAGUUUGUCUUUGAUGCUCUGGACGGAAAAGAGAAUUCAGGGAGCACUCCGAAUGGCCACUCUAAGGGCUCCAUCAACUAUCGGGAUGAGCCUUUGGCCUUCUUCUUUGUCCUCUUCGGCAUCGCCUUUGAGGCGCUUGCCGCGAAACCAGGUCAGGCGGACUCUCUUGCCAGCAAUGAGCAGACACUUGAGAUCCUGCAGGCACUCAAGAAGAUCUUGCACCCGAGUGUCUCUGGUCAUGCCAUCUAUAGAGACGCGGUCUUCGCCGAGAGUAUGGACCUGCUAGACCGUCUUGUCCUGACAGAAGGUCUUGACGUCCAAGGCGUCAUUGUGGACAUUGCCAGGGCACUCUGCGUCGAACAUCCCGCUGCCAGGAAGUCCACGGAGCCUGACAACGGGGAGCUGUCUGAGGACGUGGAUCAGCUGUUUGAGCUCACGAGAAUCAUCGUGCUGGUUCUAGCCGGGCUGCUACCAAAUCUUACAGAGGCAAACCAGCCCGUCCGGCAUAUUCUGACGGAGGAGGCGAUUCUCCUUGUUCGGACAUCAUUGAACAGCCUGGUCGAUGCGGCAGAGGUCUUUCCAUCAGUCAUCAAGACGGACCUGCAUGCAUGCAUUAUCCACAUAUUCGCUACCAUUCUUGCUACACCAUCUUGCCAGGAAGUCAUCGUGCCACAGGCGCUGCCGACUCUCAAGCGGUUCAUCGCAACCAUGGCUGGACCGAGGGAAGGCAACAGUGGGCCGAUGGAUGUACAGCUACAAGGCUGCCUCAGACGCUUCCUCUCCAUUUAUCUGCAUGGGCAGAAGCGAGAAAAGCCGACCGACCUCCAAAACGUCAAGAACAGUCUUCUGGCCAUCACGAUCCUUUUCACAGGCGGGCAGAACCACCUCACAGCCAAUGAUCCCAUAGUGACCAAGUUCCUUGAGGAAUUGGUCGAGUGCCUCUCAGAUCGCAUGACCGCCAAAAUCGCCACCAACUGCGUCCGCUCGCUGCUCUUGCAGUCUAAACCCACUGUGGCCGACGAGACAAUCGCGCGCUUUCUCCUCCCACGCCUCAUCACUUUCGUAACCAACACUGAGCCUGAGGACCCCGAGCAGGCGCGCUCUCUUGUCGCCCACACGCUUACUCAAUACGUUGCCGCCAUGUCGAAAGACCAUCAAGCCAUUGCCAUGUCCCUCGUCAUGCCCACCUUGCUCUCCCGCGCUGCGAGUGAGGGCAGCUCUGGCGGCACUGAAGGGAUGACCAUCUAUCGCGAGACCAGCGCGCGGCUGUUGGAGCUGGCGUCGGCGGACCAGGCGAGCUUCAGAGGCGUCGUGGCGGGACUCAGCGAGGGCCAAAAGGAGUUCAUGGAAGAGGUGAUUAAGAGUGGACGGCAGAGCGAACACGUGAAUAAGGAUGCCGACGCGGAUAGCGGGCAGCCGACGAUUGCUCUCAAGAUGAAUUUUGGAAUCUAAGGAGGCAGCUCUUAUAGCCAAAACCGAUGUAUGCUACCUUCGGGAAAUGCUAUCAUAAUUGACUUAUAGAUAUAGAUAACGUUGGAAUGAGAAGAUAUGAUCAGAUC